CACAAAGUGGAGAUUUCUGCCGAGGAAAAUCGGACGUGGCGUUCAAAGAUGGAAAAUACCGUGAAAAAGAGCAGUGAAAACCCCCCGAAUCCGGAAGUUGUGCCUGCUGAGGGCCCCAAAACGUUUUCCUUAGAAGUUUUGAGGAUCAUCAAGGAUGCCCAGCAGCAGCACGGUCUCCGGCACGGUGACUACCAGCGAUACCGAGGCUACUGCUCGCGGCGAGUGCGCCGAUUGCGGAAAGUCCUGAAGCUGCCGCAGUGUGACAAGAGACACUACAAGAAGAAGGAUGUCGCCGUGGUGCAUCUGACGGGAGCACGGGCUGAUGUGCGGUACCUCCACAUUCCCCUGAUGAUGGCCGAGCGCGCCUGGGCGUACGCUAUGCAGUUGCGACAGGAGGCCAACACGGAGCCGCGGAAGAAGUUCCAUCUGGUUGGCAAGCUCCGGAAGGCGUGUUUGUACGCGCUGCAAUUGCAGGAUCUGUUGACUUCUGAGUGCUGUGACGCGAGGACAAGGUGGGAAAUUGAGGCGUACAACGCCUGGCUCCACGGAACUCUGCACUUUGAAUUGUCGCUGUGGAAGAACGCCAUGGAGAACCUCAAGAGAGCCCAGCUGGUGUACCAGAAUCUGGGAGAAGCGCUCCCGGAAGAAGAGCAGGCACUCUACAAGGCGAAGGAGGACGAAUUGACGCCAAGUAUUCGAUAUUGUGCGUAUAAUAUCGGCGAAGGGGCUUCCAUGGAUGAUUUGCUGGAGCUCCGGGCGCAAGGCUUCCUCGAGAACUUGGAAUCGCUGGCCACACAGGUGAAGACUCAGAGCACGGAGGCACUGCAGACGACAGAGUGGCGCGGAAGAAAGAUGGGAGUGCGCCCAGAGAAGGCGAGACUCUUCCUACUGAGCGUGCAGGACUUGGAGAAGAGCAUUGAGAAGGCGAAGAGCAUCCAGGCGAAGAUUGAGAUCCUCGAGACGGUGAUUAUGGACUGCAAGGACGCUAUCACAGCUGUCAAGGAGGAGAUUAAGCAGGAUCCUAAGCUGCGAGCAAGCUCAGCUGGUGGUCAGAUCGUCGGAAUUCACUUCCUGCUCUCCUACUUGAUGUACAUUCGCCUGAUGAGGACUCUGGAGCGGAAUAUGCUGCUGGUGAAGCAGGCGAAGAUGAGCCUGGAGGACGGAUCGACCUCUGAAGGGGGCGGAAAGAAAGUGCGGCCACAGGAUAUGACCAGAUUGUAUGAAAUCAUCUUGCAGAAUGUGACGGAAUUGCAGCAACUGACUGGAAUGGAGGAUGACGGGGAGUAUCAGGAGGAGAUUCGCGCUCUCAGCACUACUUUCCGUGCCUUCCGCUGCUACUACAUCGCUCUGACACUCGUGGCGAUGAAGAGGUGGAAGGAGGCUGUGGCUCUCUACGAAAGAUCCACGAAUUAUGCCCGGGAUGCACUGAAGAGCAGCCCAAAAGCCUUCAAUCUGGCCGAAGAAUUGCGCCAACUCAUCAAAACCAUCGAAGGCUGCAAGUUCUCAGCUCAUGCCUACAGUGUUCUCGAGGAUGACGCUUCUGAUGACGCUAGUGCGAUCUUCGGGCGCGCCCAGAAGUCCUCCAAGCCACUGUACGAGAGACUCUCUGAGUACAAGGAAGACGCCACGUUGCACUCUAAGAACCCGAACGUGUUCAAGAUCACACCCGACAUGGAGGCCAUUCCGUGCAAGCCGCUCUUCUUCGACUUGGCGCUCAAUUUCAUCGAAUUUCCCUCGCUGGAGGACAAGGUGGAGUCGCCCGGAGGGAAGAAACAAGCUGCCGGGAUAUCAGGAUUCGUCAAGGGGUUCCUCGGAUGGGGCGGAGCCAACAAGUAGGU